UAAAUCCACCACCCUCUCGCUCUUUACUUCGCAGCCUGAUGUUCGUCGUUAAUCAAAGCAAGGAGCCCGUGGACACAGGGAAAUCAAAUAGACUCCCGGUCCUCUCGUUUUAUUCUGGGAACGGACAUGGCAAAAGGGAAGAAAGUUGUGCUAAGAACCGAGAAAAAGCCCGAGGACACUGUUGAACAGAAAGUCGCCUCGCGGAAGGAGACAAAGGAAAACAAACCCGCAAAUAAUAAGGAUUGCGUAGGUACAGUGCAGUCAAUUUUACAAAGUCUACGGAGUCCAAGCAAACCUAGAUCCCCUCUGAGCGACAAUUCAAGCAUGCUGAUCCAGGAGGGAAAUGAAUCUGAUGCAACUAAUGCAUUCAUGUCAAAAUUAAAAAAAGACAUACCUAAUGAAAUAAAAUCUGAGAGUUGUGAGUCCAAGGAGCAGAAGCCUGAAACGGCUUGUCACAGUCAUGGGAUCAGAAAACAAUCCACUGACCAACUUGAGCAAAAAGAGUCAACCAUGCACACAAGUGCAAAGUCUGCAGCAGGCAACAAAGUUUCAGACAAACCUCGGAGUAGAACUGGUCGCAAACUCGGAGCGAAAAAAACAGAGAGCAAAGCUCCCCAAAACAGAAAGGUCACAGACUAUUAUCCCAUCAGACGAAGUAACAGAAAAACAAAGACGGAGUUAAAGAGUGAAGAACACAGACACAUUGAUGACCUGAUAAAGAAUCACAUCGAAGAAGGAAUGCAGAUCAAACCGAUAGAAGGAAAAGGAAGAGGGAUAUUUGCUGCCAAGAUCUUCAAAAAGGGAGAGUUUGUCGUGGAGUACCACGGAGACCUACUGGAGCUAGCUGAGGCCAAAAUAAGAGAGGCCCAGUACACUCAGGAUCCCCAAAAAGGCUGUUACAUGUACUACUUCCAGUAUCAAUCCAAAACCUACUGUGUGGACGCUACAGAGGAAACGAGUCGCCUUGGCAGGCUGAUCAACCACAGUAAGACUGGAAACUGUCAAACUCGGCUUCACGCCAUCGAUGGAGCGCCUCAUCUCAUCCUGGUGGCUUCCAGAGACAUCGGCGCAGAGGAAGAGCUGCUGUAUGACUACGGGGAUCGAAGUAAAACCUCAGUCUUGGCUCACCCGUGGCUCAAAUACUGAAUCCACGACCACAGGUGUUCAUAUUUCAGAUGAAUUGGUGCUCUCUUCUGUCCUGUUCAGCUUAAUGUAGAAGAAGCUAGAGAUGAACAGUCCUCAAAAGGCCUUUUUAUUAAGUAUAACAAAUUUUAAACGAGGGCGAUCAACUCGAGAGUGUAUAUUUGCAACGUUUUUUUUCUUUUUCUUUUUCUUACCAUGGUUUUAUUUUAUUUUAAAAUCUUAUUGUAGCAAAUUGAUGCUAGCUUAAAGUAUUUCUCCGAGUUAAUUAGAGUUUCACAUUGUCUAUUGUGUUCCCUUUUGUAAUGAAUAUAGCUGACAAUGCAAUUUCACUUUUGUAAAUUAUUACUUGUGCUGUAAAUUAAGGAAUAAAACACAGUUUUCAUUCCAGAAGAUGAUAUAGUUAAUGUUGAAGACUAUCUAGGACAUGGUUAUGAAAUAUGCUAUUCUACGAUGACACACUUAUUUUGGGCAUCUUUACUUGUUAGGGUGCAUAAAAUGUUGUGGUUAUGUGGUAUAAACCUUAAUAUUUACGCUAGCGUGGCUCCUGAAUGUCAUUUACAUACAUCUCACGGCACCGUUGAAGAUAAAGCUACUGAGUUGAGACUAAAAGACAGGACAAUAAAUUGAUGUCAAAAUGUUGUGACUGGCCUUUCAGCUGCUUUUCUGUUGUACAGACCUUACAGUGGCUUCUAGAACAGUAAUGUCAACAGUACCUUUUCAGAAAUGUGCAACAAUGUUUUGAGGGGACUUGUGACUUUAUUGGAUUAACAAUACAAUCUUACUUUGUCUACUUUGAUAUGAGAUGAGAACUUGUAUCAUCGAUGUGAAAUAACACAUUAAAAAUUUUUUUUUAUCAA